UAUAAGAUUUGACAAUAUUUCAAGAGCUGUCAGUUCAACGCUCUGCAUGCCCAUGGCGGCAGCGUACAAGGAGCAAAUGCCAUGUCCUGGGUGCAUGCAGUCCACUAUUCAAGUAAGAAUUUCUGCUCAGCUCUUUAGCAUUAAAAAUGGCAGCCCAGCAUUUUUCCGAAAAAAGGGAGAUUGUUUGGCCCCCGAAAUGGUGAGAUUGUGUAAAUCGUUGCCAGGAUCAACUGCGUGGUUUUUGGUUUUGUCGAGAACGCUGACAUCAUCUUUGCACGCCCAUGAUUUCCGUCAUCCCGUAAUUGGCGGAUAUCAGCAGUGAGUGAUUCAUGGGGUUGGGGCCAGCCGGUGAUAUCUCACCCCUGACACCCGUGACGUUAUCGCUGGCCUCGUCACCGCAAAUGGACGUGGGCCAGGCUGGCGGGUGUGCUCAUUUAAAUAAAUCUGCAUAUUCAGAACAGGCUUUGGCCUGUCUCCGCCCAGGUUACGAACACGACAACUUGAGUGCCGUUAGCUGGGCAUUGUGGUCUCACGAGCACUUGAGCUCAACGGUUUAAACCAGAGUGCCUCGCCAUUCUUGUGACCAGGCAUCUGCUGGAGGUUGCACACCGUCUGUGGAAAAAGCUGCCUCGCUGCCUCAAACGCCGCUCACUCCAACGAAGGACAAGAUGGCGAUGCUACAGGUCGUGUCGCUGCUAACUUUGGCCGCCCUCGCCGCUGCACAGUGCCCCGACGACUUCACGUCGUUCGGCAACAACGCCUGCUACAUGGCCAGCGCACAGAAGCUGCCCUGGGAGGAAGCGGAGAGGUUCUGCAACUCGUUUUCCUCGUGCGCCAGCGGCGGGAUUGGCCACCUCGUCUCCAUCCACACGGAACUGGAGAACCAGUUCGUACACACCCUCUACAACAAGCUGGCCUUCAUGGAGCCUGAGAACUUCUGGAUCGGCUACAACGACCUGGUACAGGAGGGCACGUUCGUGUGGAGUGACGGCUGGACAUACCCGCCCGGCACCACUCCCUUCACCAAGUGGGUCGGCCAGCCGCCCGGCGCCUUCUCCGCCGAGGAUUGCGUCGCCAUGGACGGCUCCACUGCGCAGUCCGGGCAAAGCCAACCGGGGCGGAACCCCCAGAUGUGGCAAUUGCGUGAUUGCAGGACGCCGCUGGCGUUCGUUUGCAUUAUUGAAGACUCCCCAUCCCAGGAGUGUCCAGCUCCCAACCCCCCUAGACGCGGAGUGUAAACGCUCUCGUUUUGGACUCUCGGGUAUAGUCGGGUGCCAUCGGUGUACAUCAGACUUUAUCACACAACGGACUCGGAAGCUUUCCGCUUUACACACAGUUCCUGACUCCCUCUCUAGAAGAUGAACUCGGCAACAGUAACGUGGCAAAUCAAGGACACAAGAAGCGAUUUUUAUCCUGCAGAAGCUUCAGAAUGCAUAAUUUAUCGAUUAAACCAGUUAUAAGUGUAUUCAGUUUUGGAAAUUACAAAGACCAUGCGCCGUGAAUAGCUCAAUUCCCUUGAAGUGGCCAAUUCAGAUAAAUGUGGUACCCUUUUCAGGGCAGAGUCAGAUUUUGUCACUUAUAACAUAAAUUACCAGAUUUGCUUGCGAAGUUAACGAUUUGCCAUCUUUUGGUGUGCCAACCGAGGCCGAUUGUGCGUCGGAGUCGGCAUCGCUUGAUACAAUUUCAUACGAAUCAGCACGGCAAGUUGGAUGGUAACGCCGGACAGUCAUUAAUCGCCCCGACAGACGUCACUGCUUAAGAACUCAUGAACUAGAGAAAAAAUGGUUUCAUUUCUCACAAAAAAGGGGACAUAUUGGGAUAAAAAUUAGCAGAGAAAGAUUGUCAGACCAUCAGAUAAAAAUCGCAGAUGUAACUAUUUAGUGUCAUGUCUCUUCAACACAAAGUCAAGCGGAGAUUUUCUGUGACAAAUUUCAAUUUUGCCUGAAAAUGUAAGAAAAAUUCCACAUGUAUUUUGUAGAGUCUACAUUAAAUGGCUGUUAACAUUUCAA